UCAGAAGAUCAGAUUCCUCAGAGAAAACAAUUUCCUUCAUAAUCUCACUGUGUCCUGUGAAGGGCCCAGUUGGAGACUGAUGACAGCUCUCAGACUCUUGUCCCUACCUCAAACACUUUAUAACCAAUGGAGGGCAGUGUUGCUCGGUCAGGCGGUAUGUGAAGACAGAGAGCAGUGGAGCGUCCAGACAGCUAUAACUCUCUGUCACAGACUGCUACAGGACACACACAAGGCUGUGGACAAGAUCUCCUUCCUCCUCCAGCAGUGUGACCAGUCAACCAGGGAGCAGCUGGACGUGGUCCAGGCUCUGCGACAGGAGGAAAGAUGCAUCCUGGGAAGCUGUCUCGAGGCACUCAAAGGCACGCAAAGACAACCAGACAGGCUGCCAACCUGAUGUUGACAUUUGAUCGGCGGUUUGGCCUACCAGUUGCUAGAAGGAGCAAGGUUAUUGGCUGAACUUGUGAUGCUGGAUGGUCUCCAUGUGUCUGCUCUGCUUGUAGACCAGUAUUGCAAAAAAAAAGACAGCAGGUUUACAUGAUAGAAGAUUACAGAUUCUAUCCAGUAUGAAGUACUGCCCUGUUAUCAUGGCCAUCAGAACCAUAGACUGUAAAACAGACAGUCAGGUGGACCCUUAGUGGAGCUAAGUGAAGGUCAAAGACGCGGUGCUCUGAAAUGACUGUCAACAAACUCUUUUUUUUUUAACCAUUCUUGAUUUAAGUAAGAAUGUAAAAAAGAAGAGUAGAGAGGAAUCAACACAAAACAAUAGAUACAGAUCUGUUAGUGUGGACUGACACAUCAGCCGUGUUGAUUCUUUUUUCAGACUAAAAGCUAGUCUGGCUGGAACUGACUGACACACUGCAGUUCAGAAAAAAUGAACAUUACAUUAAAAAAUUCUUAAACGACAAGACAAGGUCUAUUAAAUAUCAUCUUUAAUAUAUGACAUAAUAAAUGUCAGCACCACUAAUUUCCCACCUGAUUAAAGAUCCAAAACACACACCUGCCCUUUGUUGAUUCAGUUUUCUUUAUUGAAAGGAUAUUGAACAUUAGAAAGGGUUAAUGGUCUCCACGCAUUUUCGUUUCAUAAUUGCUUUUCAAUUAAUUAUUUGUCUUCUCUGUUGAUAACACUCUACAGAUAACACUCACCUUUCUGUGUGCUUUACAUUAGCAUUUUAGACAUUUAUUGUUCAUCACAAUGUAAUAACUAUAAAACUGUACUUUGUCUUACCUCUCAUGUUGAGAGAUGCUUUUAAACAUUCUAGUUAUUAAAAAGGACAAUAACAACCUUUUA